AGCGGAUGUGUGGUAGCGUCUCCUCCUCCGGACUCAACCCGCUCACAGACACUCUCUCUCCGCCUGUCGGUUUCCAAUCAGGCCGGGAACCGUCCGACUGGAUCCUCCUGACGUCUGGAGUUCUGGAUCUCCACCGAACACCGACCCGCUGAUGGUUUUGCAUCCGGGUGGGGGACCUGGAAACCUGGGCCCGCACAGGGAGGAGGCCCCGACAUCCCCUUGUUCUCUAUGAUUCUGACCCAGAAAACAGCACCGACGGCCGGGCUGCCCGUCUGCCAACGGGCCGGGUAGCGUCCGACCGCCCUGGGGCUGGAAGGGUCGCCCCCGAGGAGACCGGAGAACGGGGCCGCGCUUCAUCCACUCGGACCUGGUUUGAAUCUAUUGAUUCAACAUUUACAAGACUUCUCUCAAUCAGAUUAAACUGUGGAGCUCGGGGACCCGGAGGUGAGCUCGCUGCAGGCGGACACCUAACUUCUCUCUCCCCGGUGACCAGACUGCGGAGCCGCCCGGGCGGACUGUGCCUUCUCUCCGGGUCCGACGUGCCUCACGGAAACGCGGAUCAUGGCCGCGUUAAUCAAGGAGAUCGUGAGCAGGAAAAAGAGACGAUACCAGGAGGACGGUUUCGACCUGGACCUGACCUACAUUUAUCCCAACAUCAUCGCCAUGGGUUUCCCUGCGGAGCGACUGGAGGGAGUUUAUAGAAACAACAUCGACGAUGUCGUCCGGUUUUUAGAUUCAAAGCACAAGAAUCACUAUAAGAUCUACAACCUAUGUGCAGAGCGACAUUAUGACGCGUCAAAGUUUAACUGUCAAGUCGCUCAGUAUCCCUUCGAGGACCACAACCCGCCCCAGCUGGAGCUCAUCAAGCCGUUCUGCGAGGACCUGGACCAGUGGCUCAGCGAGGACGAGCUGCAUGUCGCCGCCAUCCACUGCAAGGCGGGAAAAGGCCGCACCGGGGUCAUGAUCUGUGCAUACCUGCUGCAUCGGGGGAAGUUUCAGGAGCCGCAGGAGGCGCUGGACUUUUACGGCGAGGUCCGCACACACGACAAGAAGGGUGUGACCAUCCCCAGUCAGCGGCGUUACGUCAUCUACUACAGCUUCCUGUUGAGGAACCAGCUUCAGUAUAAACCUGUGGCUCUGCUCUUCCACAAGAUGCUGUUUGAAACGAUCCCAAUGUUCACAGCUGGAGCCUGCAGUAAGUCACUCCUCCUCCCCCCUCACUCACCCCCCCCCCCCCCCUCACUCAUCCACUCUGAUGUCUCUCUUUCAGACCCCCAGUUUGUCGUUUACCAGCUGAAGGUGAAGAUUCACACCUCUAACCCCGCCCACACGCGGCGAGAAGACAAAGUGAUGCUAUUUGAGUUCCCGCAGCCACUUCCUGUCUGCGGAGACAUAAAGGUGGACUUCUUCCACAAGCAGAACAAGAUGAUGAAGAAGGAAAAGAUGUUUCACUUCUGGGUCAACACCUUCUUCAUCCCGGGCCCGGAGGAGAACACGGACAAGCUGGAGAAUGGCAGCACCGGGCCCCUGAGGGAACCAGCCGACAGAACGCACCACAACCUGGUGAUGACGAUGGCGAGCGUGACAGCGGGAGGAGAAACCACUGACCGGGAGUAUCUGAUCCUCACGCUGAUCAAGAACGACCUGGACAAGGCCAACAAAGACAAGGCCAACAAGAACUUCUCCCCUAACUUCAAGGUGAAGCUGUUUUUUACCAAGACGGUGGAGGAAGGAGCUAACUGUGACACUAGCAGCACGUCGACCUCUGUGACCCCAGACGUCAGCGACAACGAACCUGAUCACUACCGCUACUCCGACACCACGGACUCUGACCCGGAGACCGAGCCGUUCGAAGACGACCACCACAAUCAGAUCACAAACGUCUGACACACACUCAUACACACACACAUAUAUACACAGUAUGUCUAUACACACAUAUAUAAAUAUAUAUGUGCACACAUAUAUAAAUAUAUAUGUGUAUAUGUACACACAUGAACCCAUGAGUAAGACUAGCGCACUGUUGGCUUACGGUGAGUAUAUAACUGACCCACCAGAACUGAUCGGUGGGACUCGAUCAAAUGAUAAACCACGCCCCCCUGCCCCCACCUCCAAUCUUCUGCUCGGUGCACACCUGGACAAUCACAUGACACGGUGGUCAGGGUGAGGACGGCGGUGUAGAAUGGACAAUAAGACGGAUGAAUGGACAGAGUUAAAGGGGUAAAACUUGAAUAUAAACAAACUGAAAGACGAGUCCCCAGAUGAGAAAGAAGACGAGUCCCCAGCCCUGAGGUGUCCCUCCCUCCCUCCUGACCAGGUUCAAGAAGCUUCUUGCAGACCAGGUCUCUGCCCUCUUCGUUUUUUAAGCUGUCAGAGUUGACUCUUCUCUCUGUGUCCUAACUUCAGGUGAGUGUGGCUCCAUGUUGUUUGAAGGCCAGUGCUCUUAUUUUUGAAUUUCAGCAAAGAAAAACCUGUUAUUAUUUAUUAACAUAACAUUCGACAGAGUCUCAAUCUGAAUUGAAAUGAAACAGAUUGUAAUCAUUGACCUGGUGGAACAGGGUUAGGGUCUAAAUCUGUAGACGAACACAGAAUCAUUGAGUUAUAAAAAAAGAGAACAUUGGCCGAGCAGCUCUAGAACAACAGUAAUCAACCAAAGUUCAACUUUUUCACCCUGGUCUUCAAAAGUCCUCAUGACAAAGAACAAGCUGAUCGGUCUGGACCCUCAGAAUCCGUCAGUCUGAGCUGGUUCAGGACUGGGUUGGGGUCAGGACUGGUCUGGACUGGCCUCAGAGAGGUGACGACCUUUAGUUUGAAUGUGACGAGGAAGAAGAGAAACUUGGAUUAUUCACAAUCUGCUGCAGCUCUGUCAAUCAUCCACAGUUGAAACCACGUAGAGUUCAAACCUGCCGUGAACAAGCGCUCCUCCGACCCUCUGCUCACAGAUUUGCACAGAAUGAUUCUCUUCAGCUCUUCAAUCAGUUCAACAGUUACAGAAAAUCUAUUUUUAUUAUUCUCUCAUAUCAAUCAUUAAGCUAAAGAUCACGUUAUAUCCAUUCCUGCAGCCAGAUCUGCUGUGAGCUUCACACCUGAAGACUACAGGCUGAAGCAGAAACGACCACAGAGCGCUUACUUUACAAGUGCCUGGUUGCCAGGCGGGUGGUGAUUGCACUUUAUUAAGGACGGUUGAGUUUGUAACUAUUUCUGGACAAGGUCAGUCCAUCCUAGAAAACCGGUCAUGCCUCGUUCACACUACAUGAUGUUUGCCCGAUUCAACACUUUUUUCAGAUAAAAGCCCGACUGCUGCUCAAACUGCUGUUUGAGCAGCAGUCGCUAUGUUUGGACUCUUCAAAGAUUCAAGAGGCCUUCUCUGACCUGAUUUCUUGCAGCCUAAAAUCAAUCAAACGGGGCCAGAGCAGACCUGACCGCGAGUCGGGGGCUUCCACUUGCUGAAGAGGGUGUAGCGUGGGACUCCAUUAUGUCAGGCGCAUAGUGUGUAAUCACAAGACAGCCAGUCAUGUAGUGUGAAGUGCACAGCCUGUAUUCUGUUGUGUUGAUAGAUCAUUUUGUCAAGCUGCUGUCAGGGAGCUCUUCACUCAGAGUUUCUCAACUUUGGCGUCAGGACCCGGUCGUGGCUUUGAGGAAGGAUCUCACCACCACAGUUAAGAGUCAAGUCCAGGUUUGGCCUCUGUGUGUCUUUGGUGUCUGACAUUUAAAGAAGGGUAACACUCUGUAAUUAUUACUGUUUGUAGACUAUUAAUCUUUGUCUUCGCUAUCACUUUUUGAGGCAUUCAAGCGCUUACAUUCUUUAGAACUGACCCUUUAAUGCCGAGGAGGACAGUUUGAGGAUCAGGUCUCUAUUACUACAGGUUUGAGACUAUUCUCUCUGGAUCUCACAGAAACCACGUUAAGUAUUCUCAGACCUGUUUCUCUUGAAACACAGAUUUAACCUCAUCAGAGUGAACCAUCCAAAACUAAUCUCCAGUUUUUAUCUGUAACUCUUCUAGAUGUUAAGGUUUGUCUUUUCAAGCAACAAGCUAUUUUUCAGCUCCUCUCAAACCAGGUGAGAAGCUUCUGGAUGUGCACCUUCUAAUUGUUCUUUGGUUUGUUGGCUUCACAGCAGUUGUGUUUUUUCUAAUGAAAACAUUUAGCCAGCAGCCAAGAAAUCCUCUGUAAAUAAUAUCAGUCCACCAGUCGAUCAGAGAAGCCCUUAUCAUCUGAACAGCAUCUGCCUCAAGAUGCCGAUCUCCGUCCUAACAUUCGGUGCUACAACCAAACCAUCAGCUGUUUGAUUGUUCUUCAAUUAGGUUCCUGUUGUCUGUAGGCCCUGAUCACACAGGACGCACUGUGGAGGCCGAGACAUGAACACAACACUUAUUAAAGAAUCACUGAAGGCAGAAGUUCUGACUGGGACCCGCGGGGCGAUGUCUGGACAGGAGGCACAUUUCCCAGAGCUAUCCCCAACCUCAGAGAGUCAACAACUCGUGGUGGGUUGUCGCAGUGACGUUGGGAUCCGGUUCAGUCAGAGUCUCUUAGGUUGGAUAGGAACGGGUUGCAGAGAUGUGAUGUUUCCAGCUGUGCAGGUGGUUCCGAGUCGACUUUGUGUUGAAGGAACGGAGACGAGUGUAGGGGACGUCCAGUCGGAUUCAGAUCCUGAUCACAAACACAGGACUGGUAGAAGAAGUGGCUGGUGCUGAUUAAACUGUCGCCUGUGUGAUCAUAUCUUGUUCCACCUUGUGUUACGAGCAAACUGGUGCUUUGAGCCGUAGUUGUUGGGCCACCAGUCCACCAUGUUGGGUUUUAGGUGCUAAGUUAAGCUAACCAGCUGAGCCCGUUGUCCAUCUGUGGUGCUCUGUAUCAAGAGCGAGUGCUCGUCCAGUCUUCAUCUGUCCGCAGGUUGUUUGUGUAGCUGCCAAAAUGUUUAAGCAACAAUAACACAACUCCUGCGGGUUCCUGUCAGGCGUGACCUCACCUCUUGCCAUCAACCCGUUCAGACAUGACUGGUGUGUAGACCUGUUCAGCAGAGCAGCUUAAAACCUGAACAUACUCAAAAACCAUAAACUGCUGCGAACUUGUAUCAUAAUGCAAUAACGACCAUUUCCAUUCAGCGUUGUGACGUUCGGGUCAAAUCAGGCCAAUAGCCUGGGUGGUAUCACCACCAGGACGCUGAGGACUUGAACAUGUGUUUCAGAAACAAGUCUAACCUCCUGCUGAACGCCGGAGCUGCACUGAACACAACCGCGUGAACUGAACAGGUUUUGGGGAUUCUGAGGUCAAGGUGUCGUCCACGUCUCUCGACGGUCUCUGGUGCUCCGGGUCUUUGUCUUAGGACCAUUUCAUCCCAGUUGGUUGUAGACAUCAACAGCAGCUGUGUCAAAUCCAUCUAGGAACUUUGGACAAAACAUAGUUUGUAGGUGAACCAGGGUCGAUUCAUCAAGUCUCAUAACAUUCGAUAACAGAAAUUGUCUCAAAUUGUAUUAUAUUAAAUAUGACUUGUCAUUCCUGCUCUGUUUUUGCCAGAUGUUCACAGUUCCUGUACUGAACCAGGAAGUCAGAAAGGAAACAAAAAGAGGAAGUGAUCAAAACUUAGUAGUUUAUAAAAAAACGAACCUUAAACCGCUGAACUCAGUGAUGAUAAACGUUAGCAUUAAUGCUUUUACAUUUGGUGUUACUGGAGAAACCUAGAGAAAAAUGUCUGAAUGUGUCGUUGUGCAGAUGUUAGUUUGCAUCUGGAAUCUGCAAAGGAACCUUAAACUCACACCAGGGUUUAACCUUUAACCUCCUUUAAUCAGAUUUAACUCAAGCUUUACACGAUUCCGUCAGUUCAGCUCUUUGUUUACAUCUCAACCCAAACGAAGCUCAGACUGGUGUGUUUUGGAGUUGAUGAGGUGAAGGUGAUCUGUUCUAUGUUUAGCCUUAAGGUGCCCUCACAUUGAUCCUCUGCUCAACGGCUCCGCACUCAGCCCAGCACACCACGUCACGAUCAUCUGUUGAUGUCCGUGUUAUGUUUCUAUUCGCUGAAAAUACAAAUUCAAAGAUUUCAGUUCACACUUUAAUUUGUCGUUUAGGAUUUAGUUUUUUGAACAAGAGACGGAGGGAGUGUUCCGGACAGAGGAGAUGUGACGGCCCCUUGACUUGAAGGUGUUCUGCGUGAGUUGGGGUCACAAACCACAUCUGUCGAUCAGAGGUCAAAGGUCAACAUCGGGCAGAAGAUGAUGAUGUUGGUUCAACAGCCUCAAAUGUUUUUAACUUAGUGUGUCUGUUUCAGAAACAAGCUGACAGCUCCACGAGGGCAGACGUCGUUAAUUUAUCUACAACCGACUUCAAUUUCCAACAUAUUUGUCAUAAAUUUAUAAAGUGUUUGAUCUUAAAUUGACAAAACUACAUUUUAGUUGGAUCAAAUCUGCUAGCUAGAUAAUGAAGCUCACGUUAGCAUUUAAAGAACAAACGCUUUGUAAAAAUGACAGUAUGGACACGUGUAUGACAUCAUGCUAACAUCCUGAAAGCUGACAGCGAACAGUUCUCCGAUCAUGCUAACGUGCUGAGGCUAAAGCUAGCAGGUGCUGGGUAAGAGACGGUCCGUGUAGACGUCAGAGAAACGCGUUCAUGCCGUUAAUAAAAACUUUAAAUCUUUGACUGUAACGUUAUAAACCAGUUAUUGACCGUGUUUGCAGCCUGUCCAUCCGAUUGGAUGAGUGUGGAUCAAUGUCUCUGGUGCAGGUGUGGUUCUGGCGUCUCAGCUCAUGUCCUCUGUCUGUCUGUGUCCUCAUGAUGGUGUUUUUAUUCAUCAGGUUAUUUUAUCACCCAAAUGUCUUCAUAACCUGUAUCACCAUGGAAACAUUUCAAGUUAAUCUGACCCCCUCCUCCCACGUUCUUUUAUUCUGCCCCCCCGCCCUGUUUUAUAAUGAAAUAAAACACUGUAAAGGUGAAUAAACUAUUUAUAAACUGCAA